AUGAUCUAAUAGUAUGAACCAAGAACCCCAAUCAGGAGAUUUGUGCCUGAAAUAGAAUAAGAAAGGCAGCAAAGAAAGCGAUAAACAGACAGGUUUCAACCUAAAGCGACAUGUGAGGAUGAUGAUCUUCAAUUGAAUUAUCUCUAAAUUGGAAAAUAAACAAAAAAAAGAUAGAAGAGCCAAACUUAAAAAUUGUAGAAGUAUGACUAUAGAAAACAUUAAAGAAACAGAUCAGAGCAGAGAUCUGCAUUACCUAAUUAAAUUUAAGGAAUCACUAAUGAAAAGUAUAAUGAAUUUGAUGAUCUCGAUAAAAUAUCUGAUGAUAAAGCUGAUCUAUGCAUUAGAAAUCUUCCUUCAAAUAGAUUAAUGAAAAAAAUGACAAUAUGA